AUGGGCAACCAACAGGGCACGAAGAUGAAGCCGAACUUUCAUGGUUAUGCAGACGAUGCUUUACCGAAAUCCCCCAGGCUACAGAUCCCUCGGAAGAGAAGGAGAAGAGUAGAGGGGCUCGUUCGCGACGGCGGCGUUCAGCAUAACCUCAAGAUGACCCCCGGGACUCCACAGGCGCGGCCGAAGACGAGGAGGCUGACAAAGCUCCAGAUAACGAGCUCUCCCACCUUUAGGGAGUGGGACUUAGAGGAAAACGAGCCGAUCAUGUGCACUGCUGCAGCCUGGAGAAGGAGAGUUGUGGGUGAGGAAAGAGUUUCAUCAAUGGAGGAGAAGAACAGGAGUUCACAGGAUCUAAAACCAGCAUGGAGAGUGAAUCUGCCUGAUGCUUCGUCUGCAAAUGUUCAUAAAUCUUUUAGCAAACAAAGAAAGGAUUUAUCUGUGAAGGAAGAAUGUGCUCUCCCUGACUCAGACGCAGACCUCUCUGAAUAUGACAAUGAUAUGUACUCAACGUAUAUCUCCCCCACUAGGAAGAUGGAAGACGAUAUCAGGAAUACUCAAAAGGUCCAGCAGGCAGCAAGACAUGCAGAUGAGGAAAAUAAGUCCUCUCAAUGGAGGUACGAGGAGAUGGGGAAGAAGGCUGCAGCGCGGCGAGUAAUGGGCAAGAUUGAGGAGGUGGAAGGGAUCAUACGUCGGGUGAGUCUCACAAGUUCGGACUGGAUCAAAGAAGGCAGCGACGGGAGAGAUGGUGGCUUUGGGGAGACCCAGAACAAGGGGUGCAUAGAAGACAAACCUCUGCUGGUGGAGGAGCUUCAAGCUCUGGGUGAAGCUCUGAGCCAGAGUCUGCGUCAGGCCCUGAAGAUGGAAGGAACCAAAGUAGAGCAUGAACCCUUCACAGAGGCCAAGAGAACUUCUUAUGAUCCAAACCUUGUACGAUCGACAAGAAGGCCUCCGAACCUACCGUCAUGUUCUCACCGCUUCACCUCUACUGUGCCAAAUAUUUCCUCCCCCUCUGUUUCACCCUCGCCGUCUCUGUCUGCGAUCCUGGAUGAUUCUCCGAGAACAUCUGGCAGCUUUGACGACAUCUCUCCCAUCCUGUCUCCUCUAUUCACGUCCAGUCCGUCCAGCCGGCGCUCGCUGCCUCUGAGCCUGAUCGACCAGCACGAGAAAGACUUUUCUGAGCGUCACAUGAGGUGGAGAAGCUCAGUUGAAGACAAUAUUUUCCCUGAAGGGGCUGGAGGCUGUGGAGGGGCCACCACAGUGUCUGAUGGGAAAGGACAUGAUGAGAAGAGUAGCAGGAAGAACUCGGCUGCGGCGAACGUGAGGCUGAGUGAACAGAAUCAGACGUACAGAUUCACCAGUGAGACAGUCGAGGCCAGUCAAGAUCAUCUUCUCUCUUCAGAUGAGGCUCUGCAGAGACAGGAGAAGAUCUGGCAGCAGGAGGUCGAGGAGUCUCUCUCCUUCUGCAGGUCACUGUGUCAUCCCUCCCGACCCCAACACAUAGAUUUCCUGCACAUCACGGCCCUUGAAGAUGACAUCGUUGAUACGCAGACAUGCACACCGGAGUCUCGGUCUGAAGCUUCCACCCCAGGAGAGGGAGAGGAGCGAACUCCUGGUCGUCUACACGCCGUCUGGCCGCCACUUAAGGAGGAAAAAGUUGGGCUGAAAUACUCAGAAGCAGAACACCAGGCUGCUCUCCUGCAGCUGAAGAGAGAAUGCAAAGAGGAGCUGGAGAAGUUACAGGAGGACCUUGGUCAGGAACUCUCCAGACUGAGGGUGAAGAACGAAGACGAUGUCGCCCGUCUGGAGCUCACUGUCGCCAGGCUGCAGGCCGAACUCUCCCAGGUUGGGACCCGCUGUCGUGGGGAACUCAAAGAUGUCGCUGUAUCGACGGCGGACGACUUUUUACACAAAUCUUUCCGCACGGUGUGCAUCCAGACCGACCGGGAGACAUUUGUUAAGAUUCCUGAGGGCGGAGAAGCUGCUGGGAAAGCCUGCAUGAGCCCUCAGCAGCAGAGGGUGACGCCCAAAAAGCUGGACCUGGCUUCUAUCAGCCUCAGCCUGGCCGGUCAGAGGGACGACACUGGCCCCUCAUCACAUGACUCUCCAUCCCAAACUCUUCCUCCACCUGUGCAGCCUCCAUCAGAACAUUCACUUGCUCCUUCUCAGACGACCAAAACACACAAUCUGCCUCCUCCUCCACCUCCACCUCCACCUCCACCUCCUCCUCCUCCUCCUCCACCUCCGCCAUGUUUGUCUUCACCCCUAAACCACAUGCAGCCGUCAAAUCCACCUCCACCGCCACCUCCGCCUCCUCCUCCAUCCAUGCCAGGCUUAGCUCCCCCACCACCACCACCUCCUCCAUCCAUGCCAGGCUUAGCUCCCCCACCACCACCUCCUCCAUCCAUGCCAGGCUUAGCUCCCCCACCACCUCUUCCUCCAGCUGGGGGUUUCAUUGUUGAAACACCUCCCAGGAAACCGACAGUGGAGCCUUCCCGACCCAUGAAGCCUCUUUACUGGACCAGAAUCCAGAUCCAGGACAACAAGAACACACUAUGGAACAUUUUAGAGGAAACAAAUAUAAUCAACACCAGCGAGUUUGAGGAUCUUUUCGCCAAAGCUACCACACAGACCAAGAGGAAGCCGCUGUCAGAGGCUUAUGAGAAGAAAGCCAAAGCUAGGAAGAUCAUUAAACUGUUGGAUGGGAAGCGCUCUCAGGCUGUGGGCAUCCUCAUAUCGAGCCUCCACCUGGAGAUGAAAGACAUCCAACAAGCUGUACUGGCAGUGGAUCCCUCUGUGGUGGACUUGGAGACCAUCGAAGCACUGUAUGAAAAUAGAGCUCAGCCAGAGGAGCUGGAGAGAAUCAAGAAACAUUACGAGACGUCCGAGGAAGAGGAAGUCAAACUGCUGGACAAACCCGAACAGUUCCUGUAUGAGCUGUCUCAGAUCCCAGACUUUGCAGGCAGAGCUCACUGCAUCAUCUUCCAGUCGGCCUUCAUCGAUGGGGUUGCAUCCAUCCAAUGCAAGCUUAACACAGUUUCAUCUAUCUGUAAGGCUCUGCUGGAGAGCGAUGGUGUGACGGAUGUGAUGGGACUGGUGUUGGCUCUGGGGAACCACAUGAACGGAGGCAACAGGACCAGAGGUCAGGCCGACGGCUUCGGCCUCGAGAUUCUACCGAAACUGAAGGAUGUCAAGAGCAGAGACAAUCGUAUCAGCCUGGUGGACUACGUGGUGUCGUACUACCUGCACAAUGUGGAUACGAACGCCGGCACAGACCAGAGUAUAUUCCCACUUCCUGAACCUCAGGACGUCUUCCUGGCUGCACAGGUGAAGUUCGAAGACAUCAGCAGAGACCUGAGACAGCUCGGACGAGAUCUGACGAGAUGUGAAAAAGAUGUGCAGAAUGUUUGCUCUGAUUCUCCUGAAGAAAACCUGCAGCCAUUUAAGGACAAGAUGGAGGCUUUUGUUCUCAGUGCACGAAAAGAACACGCAGAAGCUUCCGAUCAGUUGACGACUGUACAGAAAAGUUUUCAGGACUUGACUCUGUACUUUGGACUGAAGCCCAAGAUGGGAGAUAAGGAGGUGACCGCCGGUCAUCUCUUCAUGCUCUGGUUUGAGUUUUGUGCCGACUUCAAGGCCCGGUGGAAGAAGGAGAACAAGAACAUCUCUAAAGAAAGAUUAAAAGAGGCUCAGCUGUCAGUGAAGAGGAUCACAUCAGAGAAGAAGGUGGAGACCAGGAAGAUCAACCCCAACAGCCUGAAAGAGAGGCUGCGUCAGAAAGAAGCCAACAUGUCUUCAACCUGAGAGAAGGAACAUAAAGCUGAUCAGGAUCAUUACAGCCAUCUUGGAUCAGACUGGAUGAACGUAAUAUAUUUUAAAAACUCUUUUGCUGCUCUGUUCCUGACGAUGACAUCUUGUUUUCCAUUCACUGACAGCUCUGUAAUAUAAUUCACUACCUAAAAAUGUACUUUGAUUUGAAAGAUUUUAAAUGUACAUGUGCAAUAUUUAGAAUUUAAUAUUAUAAACUUCCACGCUGUAUUUAUAUCUGUGUGUUGCACUUUCUACGUUGAUUUUGACGUCUUUAAAUCCUCCUAGAGUAUUUUUUCU